GGGAGAAGGGGCUCUUUCCGCGCUCGGACUGGAUAGGGAGCUACUGCUGCCACCGCGCCGCCGCCGCCGCCGCCACCGCCGAGGGCCCCGGGCAGCUGCAGGCUCUGCUCGCAGCGCUCGGAAAGUUGGGUCGGACCUGAACCCCUAACAGCGGAACCGCCUUCCGCCCUUGCCACCGCCGGAGCUGAGUCGCCGGCGGCGGCGGCAGCUGACGGAUCGGGAGUUUCUUCUCCCACUGGAUGGAGCUGAACUUUGGGCGGCCAGAAGAGCGCGGCCGUCCGGGGAUCGCUGCAUGCUGAGCUCCCUCGGCGAGACUCAGUGGCGGCUCGGGAUUUUGGGGGGGGCGGGACCAGCUGCGCGCCGGCACCAUGUUCCUGGCGACCCUGUACUUCGCGCUGCCGCUGCUGGAUUUGCUUCUGUCAGCGGAGGUGAGCGGCGUGGACCGCCUGGACUGCGUGAAAGCCAGCGAUCAGUGCCUGAAGGAACAGAGCUGCAGCACUAAAUACCGCACGCUGAGGCAGUGCGUGGCGGGCAAGGAGACCAACUUCAGUCUGGCAUCGGGCCUCGAGGCAAAGGAUGAAUGCCGCAGCGCCAUGGAGGCCCUGAAGCAGAAGUCACUCUACAACUGCCGCUGCAAGCGGGGCAUGAAGAAGGAGAAGAACUGCCUGCGCAUCUACUGGAGCAUGUACCAGAGCCUGCAGGGAAAUGACCUGCUUGAAGAUUCCCCGUAUGAACCAGUUAACAGCAGAUUGUCAGAUAUAUUCCGGGUGGUCCCUUUCAUAUCAGAUGUUUUUCAGCAAGUGGAGCACAUUCCUAAGGGGAACAACUGCCUGGACGCAGCCAAGGCCUGCAACCUGGACGACACCUGCAAGAAGUACCGGAGCGCCUACAUCACCCCGUGCACCACCAGCAUGUCCAACGAGGUCUGCAACCGCCGCAAGUGCCACAAGGCCCUGCGGCAGUUCUUUGACAAGGUCCCCGCCAAGCACAGCUAUGGCAUGCUGUUCUGCUCCUGCCGGGACAUCGCCUGCACAGAGCGGCGGCGACAGACCAUCGUGCCUGUGUGCUCCUACGAGGAGCGGGACAAGCCCAACUGCCUGAAUUUGCAGGACUCCUGCAAGACGAAUUACAUCUGUAGAUCUCGCCUUGCAGAUUUUUUUACCAACUGCCAGCCGGAGUCAAGGUCUGUCAGCAGCUGUCUGAAAGAGAACUACGCAGACUGCCUCCUGGCCUACUCGGGGCUGAUUGGUACCGUCAUGACCCCCAACUACAUAGACUCCAGCAGCCUUAGCGUGGCCCCCUGGUGUGACUGCAGCAAUAGUGGGAAUGAUCUGGAAGAGUGCUCCAAAUUUCUGAACUUCUUCAAGGAUAAUACGUGUCUUAAAAAUGCAAUUCAAGCCUUUGGCAAUGGCUCGGAUGUGACUGUGUGGCAGCCAGCCCUCCCUGCACAGACCACCACUGCCACCACCACCACGGCCUUUCGGGUCAAGAACAAGCCCCUGGGGCCAGCAGGCUCUGAGAACGAAAUCCCCACGCAUGUUUUACCACCUUGUGCGAAUUUGCAGGCACAGAAGCUGAAAUCCAAUGUUUCGGGCAGUACACAUCUCUGUCUUUCUGAUCGCGAUUACGAAAAGGACGGUCUUGCUGGUCCCUCCAGCCACAUAACCACAAAAUCAAUGGCGGCACCUCCAAGCUGCGGUUUGAGCCCACUGCUGGUUCCGGUGGUAACUGCUCUGUCCACCCUGUUAUCUUUAUCUUUGGCAGAAACAUCGUAGCUGCAUUUAAAAAACAAUAUGGACAUGUAAAAAGACAAAAACCAAGUUAUCUGUUUCCUGUCCUCUUGUAUAUCUGAAAAUCCAGUUUUAGGAGCUCGGUUGAGAAACAGUUUCAUCCAACUGGAACUUUUCUUUUUCUUCUUUUUUUAAAGAAAGCUUCUUGUGAUCCUUAGGGGCUUCUCUGGACAGCCUGAGUCGGUGCUGCAUCCCACACUCAAAGGCUUUGGGGCAUGCUGUACUUUAAGGGGACAAUUUGUAAAUUUGGCUGUAAAGCAAACUGGGACCAUGUUUUGUUGAUGAUGAUGAUGAUGAUGGUUUUAAAAGUUUUAACUCUGGCACUUACUAGCUAGAGAGGAAGUUAGUCUUUCUAAGGAUUUUCCUUCAUGUCAUGUAAUGACUUUGAUUUCUAAUGAUAAAUGGCAAUCUAACAUGGAUGACAAGCUUUUUUUGGGGGGGGUCACAAAGUAAAGGUCAUCAUCAAAAGUGGGCCUUGUGGAAACAAGCUUGUACUGAUGUUCACCUUCUACAUGUACUAGCAUUUUCCACGCUAAUGUUUAUGUGCAUAAUCAGUUCUCUGCUCUCCUAUGAAACAAGAAACACCUGUUACAUCCAAAUGUAGUAUCUGUCUUUUAGUCAAGAUAGGGGGGGAGUGAAUGCGAAAUUUCUCAGUUCCUUGGUCAUUGACCGACACUCUCCUAAGCCUUACCUGAGUGAGAAGCCCUUAAACUAACGAGAGUCAGUAUAGCUGAUGGUCACUCUAAUACUCUUUACAUUUAUGAGGUUAUAUGUAGAAAAAAAUUUUACUACUCAAUGAUUUCAACUAUGGGCUUUCUAUAUUUUGAAAGUAACGAUAUUGUCUUCAUUUUUUUACUGAUGGUUUAAUACAAAAUACGUGGAGCUUGCUUCCCUCUCGCAAGUAGUGUAGCUCCGACUCUAACUCCACAAAUACAACUCUUCAAAAGCAGACCCCAGGAGCUCCUGCUUUAGCAGAAAGCUCUGCAUCACGUGGCUGCGGGCAGAUCGGAGGAAACAGAGCAGCUGGGCACUGUCUUUCAUCCUGUGUUGAAAUGUAGGUGCGCACACAGGCCAGGAAACUGGUGGCCGCUUGUAUGUGUUCUGCAGUGUCUCAUGGCACCAUUGCCAUCGACACAACUGGAUGCCUCGGUUUCCAUGGUAUUGGGCAAAAGUGGCUUUGACUGGGGCAGGGGACUAGGGCAGGGCAUGUGCUGCCCUGUCUCUCAAUGCUGAUCCUUGCCGGGGUGUGAAGUUGUUUUCCUAAGUCUUUACUCCCAACUGCCAUGUCUCUGCCCCUGUUGAGAGCAGUUUAGUCUGAAGUUGAUCAAGAAUCUGCUUGUGUCUUGUUCCAUGUCCCCCAUGACAGACUGUGACUGGCUGGGCGAAAAAGAACCAAGGUCUAUGGAUGGAGAGGGUCCACGUCAUGUGGCCUGGGGAGGCAUGCUGACCGGCAGAGACGAGCCGAACAGGACAGGGCUCUCGGGUUACGGCGCCCAGCCCUGGUAGCUAGACUCAUUCAUUCCCUUCGGUAACCGAAGAGACCCUCAAGUGUGCUUUUGAAGUCUGGUUUAGAUGGUGACAUUCAGGAUGUGCAGUGAUCAAGGACCUAUGGCUGUGUCUCCCUCCUCAGGGUCCUAGGGAGCAGGAGCUUUCCUCCCGUGCUGGGAGAGAGCCCGAGGAGGAAGCCCAGGGUGCACGUCUCACACUGAUCCUCUUUGCCCGCUGAGGUUUGCCUAGGAAGAUUUAUCAGAUCACUGAGGGUGGGGGAGAGGAGGAUAUCUACGAAAUCCCAGAGAAAGGCCUAGUCUUUUAGCUCUUUCAGUGUUUGAAGUACAUUUAUAUCCAAAUGUUAAUAAACACAAAUGUAUAAUGCUCACUACCAAGGGUUUUCACUUCAAAAUGUUUUCAAGGGAAAUGCAUCAAACACCCAAUUGUAUUUGAUCAGUAAAAAGUUCCAUAAAGACUCUUACUUUGAAUAAACACUUUAAAUGUGUCAAAACAUUUGGAAUGCCAGUCAUCUAUGAGAGCAUAUCUCUUCCAGAGCAUAUUUUGUUUUGAUGAAGGAAUCUCUGUGUAUAUACACUGGACUGGUGGCAUAUGGGUCUGAUUCUAUGUGAUCCACUGUAGAAAGCUAUUGACUCCUUCUGCUGCUUGCAGAAGUAAUUAGCUUCAGAUGACCAAAGAGGAAAUGGACAUUCUCUGUGCUAACAAGGGCAGCCUUCAUUGAAGACUGCAUAGAUAUUAACACAUAAAUUAAAUUUUGAAAAGCUCUAUCACUAACAAAGACCCCAUUUAUUUUCUAGAGAUAAAAGUAUAUUAGAGUUACCAAUCCUCCAUUUGAAAAUAAGUUACUUAUUAAAUAAACAGGGGGAAGGAUCUUGCUGAGGAACAGCACAUUAAGGAGAUUCUUAUACAAUCAAGGCAGGCAAGGAGUCCUGUCCUGCAGUGUGAUCUCAAUUUACCACAGUGAGCUGAAACACCAUCAUUCGCCCCAGGACUGUUGCAGGCAAAUGGUUUAAAUCUUUUACCUAUUUGGCUUCCCUGUGAGGUGUUUCUAAACCAAAGUGGUUCACUACUUUUGGUCCUUCAGUCCCCGCUUUUGGGGUGUCACAAACACAGGAGCUGUCUCCUGAGGUCCAGUCUCUUACAGAAAGCGUCUCAAGGUGGGUGAUAUUGACAACGCAUGAACAGAAACUUAAGUCCAUGCAGACCGUGACUCUCAGAUCAAGUCGAGCCACGCCCUACUUAUUUCAGAGAAAGAGAAUAAAAAAAGGCAAUAUUGCCAUGUUGAUUAGAAGCACAUCCAUUCCUCUUUGAUGUUGAAUAUCUUUGGCUAAUAUAUGUUUGAGUAUCUUUAAUAGAGCACACGAAGGAAGAAGUGCACAAUAUAGAGAGGGAAUUCAGAAUGCCAAUUGAAUAUUUAUUUUUCCAUAUCUGAUUUUUUUCGAGCCUCUAAUAGAAAAAGUAGAUGUUGAGAGUUACCUAGUUAUUUUUCAUUAAGCAUAAUAAACUAUCCAGACUGCGAUGAGAGGAGGAGGGUGGUUUCUGCUUUAAUUUUAUUUUUCUUAAAUGAUUGUCUAUCUUAUCAAAAACAUGUCUUAGAAGUUGUGGCUUCAGGUUCAUCAAGACAGUGCAGGACUUCUCUGGCCUUGAAUUUGGUCUACACUGGGACUGCUCCUGUCUUGCCUGCACUCUGGGGCCAGGUCGCUCUGAGGCUGGGUCUUUCCCAGCUGCAUCCAUUUCCCUCAGGCCUCCCUGUCUCUAAAUCAGCCACUCCUGAAACGCUCCAUCUGCUGAACUAGGAAAGUGGGAGAGCGGAAGCAUUUCUGAGUCAGUGUCAAGCAGUGGAGAGAAGAGAUGUAGGAGCAGCGGGAGUUUAUAUAAUUAGCAGAUUCUUUUCUUAGAAUCCAGCAUAAAUGUAUUUCAAUUAUUAUUUACAAACUGGUGUCCUCGGAGGAGCUGUCUUUUGGAAAAUAAGUUUUCAUUCUUGUAGUUAGACUUGCAGGACUUAUUUAAGUCAAUAAACUGUGGACCAGAAAAGGGCUAUUUAAAUGAGCUCGCAUUUUCUAACUCUUUCCCAACACUGUUCUUGAUGUCCCGGACUCAGACUCCCAGGAGCUCUGUUGCUUUGGCUUCUGCUCUUCGACUGGAGCAAAUGAGACCAUGGGAGACCCAUCUUUUCAAGAAAGACCUGCAAGCAAUGGCCACAGAUGGGAGUGAAUUACCACUGGCGCAGGCACCUUGAUGGUGGAAGGCCCAUCUGCAUGGAUUUGGACAGAUGAAACAUAAGGUGCCACAGGAAGCCACGUGCCAGGGGCCCGCAUGCCGUACAGUCUGCUGAUAUCUCUUGCUUAUCAAUACAGGAGUCUUCUGACUAAACAGCCAGAGUCUUUGCAGUAGGCAGUUGUUCCUUUAGAGAAAGGAAGCCAGAGCUAAUAUACGGGUGGCAGAGGAAGGACUUUCUUUUUAGAAAUUCCAGGGAUGUGGUUGGAUGCCUUAGGGAGCCACGUUUUACUCUUAUCCUAAGAUAGAAUCUCUUGUAGAUCUGGCACCUCUGGACUUUGACACAGCUUUUCUUCUCGAGUGACCAUUUGUUUUAGGUCUGUUGUCCGAGAUUCUUCAUGAAGACUAUACCCCUGAAUAUCCUCACUGCAGAGGCCUUACAGCUGCCACGGCGCCUGUGCGGGUUUAUGCUCGGUCGGCCUUGCUUCUGAGGACAGCUGUGUUCUCAGGACCUUGGCUGGCUCACUCUCCUUUCAUACUGUUGAUUGACUUCUUCGCCUCCACCCUUGUUCUUUAUCACCUAAGUGUUUAACAGGAUCCCUUCCCAUCAAUUCCUCACCCUUAUCGCUCUAAAUGCACUGCCACCCAAACUCAUUCUUGUCCCAUCAGAUGUCCCUUUUAUGAAGGAGGAGAAACUUUUCUUGGGAGCCAGACAAUCAAAGGUGACGCUAAUCCUCAAGUCAAAAGUUCAUCUUCUGACCCCCGCCCCAAGCAUGCCCUGUGUUCACUUUGCAUUUUUGGUCGCUCCCUUGUUCUCUGUAGAGCCUCUCCUCCCUCCCAGAGACAGCUUAGGGGUGGUGUUCCGUGCCACGUGCCACCUGCACUUCUGAUUGUUCUGAGACCCAGCCCAGGGGGGUGGGGAAGGCACACAAACCCUAUUUCAAUAAACUGCCUGCAGAGCACCGCAGCCUGCUAAUAGUCAUGGAGGCCUCAGCCCCCUAAGGUCUCCAGGCUCAUUUGACCAGCACAGCUGCGACUUGGGCUGUCUGCCUCUGGCAGGUGCCAAUAUCAGCAUCUUGUCCCACUGCCAUGGGGAGUUUAUUUUUGCUCAAGGGCAGCUGCCAAGCACAGCACCAGCAUCAAUAGAAGGUUUCUCUGAUUUUCUUGUCUUCAUCCCAAGCCAGGCUCUCUUAGCAAUCCCCAUUUUUGUUCUGUACAGGAUGCCAGGAGACUGAGCAGAGAUUUUCAGCCACUUCCUCUGACCCAGCAUGUCUUCCUGCUCACCAGUCUUCUCUGGCAGAAAGUGUGAGCCAUAGUAGGUACUUAAACAUGUCAGUUGCAUGAAAAUGGUUGGGACCUUGAAGGGUUUCAUUCUGUCACACAGUGGCAAGAACUAGUCCAUUGGCAUAGCUGGUACUGACACUGAAAUUGUCCUUAUGAGAUACUGAGUUUGGAAAAAAGGUCUUAGAAAAUACUGGGACCUUAGCCACUUUGAAUCUGUCCAUUGUGUCCCUUGCUGAGAGAUGAAAAGCUAGCAGUUGUCCCUGGAGGAACCUGACCAGCCAGUCCCAUAGUGCUCCACAUCUGCCAGAAUCCUCAAGCACAGGAUGUUGGAAAGAAGGCUAGACCACUCCACCACUCCCAGACCACUUCCAAGGAUGAAGACUCUCCAUCUGCAUCCUGAAAAGCAAAGUCAAACGCUGGUCAAUGCAGCACUUUGUUGAGCAGAUCCUCUGGCUAGAUGAACCACCAUUUGGAGCUGAAUCUUCCCACAAGUAACUACAGAGUUUUGAACCCUCUGAUAACAAUUUAAGAGAAACACUCAUCCCUUCCAUAUUGAUAGAAUCCUUCAGUUUGACAUCCUCUUUAUAAGUAGUCCAUGAACUGGUUUAUCAGACUUGGUCUCCAACAGAUAAGUCCCAGUCCCCAUGGGCACAAGAGCAAAGCCAGCUUACCCACAAGGGAAAGGCAAACCCUCAGCCUAAACCUGAAAGGCCAUCAUGGAGAACCCAGGUGUCACUCCUCUGGGCCUCAGAAGGCGUGACUUGACCACAUAGGUGCACCAACAAUCAGAUUGCAGCCUCAGGACAGGUAGGAAGGAGACACCCGAGCUGCUUCACCUGAGGGGCAAACAGCCAGCAGGGGUCCUUCGAAACAGCUUAACUUUGAGUGUGCACAGUGACCCCAGAUGCCUGCCAGAUGCCACAGAUAUGAGACUAGAUAGUGGUAGGACAAGGAAUUGGACAAUCCAGUGGAUGCUGGGUCAUGAAUCCCAGGGCUGUCAGGAGUCAGGAGCCAGGCCCGGGUGACUGGCAGGGAAUGGGUGAAGGUCUCUGGGCCUUCUAGUGCCCUGGAGUGUAAGGCUCCAUCCACAGAGCUUGCUCUCUCUUUCUCUCUCUCUGUCACAACCGCUGCUGAGCUGUGUGAUCCAGCAUUAUCUUCCUGGCGUGCAAACCAUGAUCUGGAAUUUGUGUUUUUAUUGUUCAUCUUUAGCUGAAGGCACUUCUGAAAUGUGGGGGGGGUGGGGGAGCAUGGAAACCAUAGAACCCAAUCACAGACUGCCCUGCCCUGCCUCGUUUGGCUGCGUCUUACAGUAAUCAGGCACUUCUCUGCUUUUCUGGAUUCAGAAAUAGCUGAUUGUCCUCAGAGGAUUGAAGAAGUAAUUUCACAAACCUGAAAUCCAGGGCCUCUCAGUUCUCCUAAUUAUCCAUCUUUUCUCUUCUUCUCCCUUCCCUCACCCAAGGGAGAGGGGGAAACUCUUUUCACCAGUUUGCUUGAAAGAGUUUUCCUAUCUUGUGCGCAUUUUCCCUUGAUAUUGAAAUUAUUUUCUCUGUUUAAUCCAACUCCUGCUGAGGCGCUGUGUGAGAUUUAGGAUGUGGUAUUUUUUUUUCCUUGUAUUUUUGGAUGCCGUUGCAUUUUUUACCCUUAACCCGAGGGUAUGUUUCAGCUGCUGUUCUUCUGUUUCAUGCCAGGUAACAAUACAGGUGGGAUUGGAGAAGGAUUCUGAUUAUUUGGGGGAUGCUUCCAGAAUUCUUUCCAGAGCGAGGGGGCCAGACACCCAGGCUCAUCAGAGCUGGGAUGAGGGGCGCAGCCAGCUUCUUCAAGGAGCCUCUGGUUUAGGGAGGCAACAGGGACGCCAUGUGGUAGUGUGUGUUUCUGGGGUUUUCCACUUGCAGAGGAUGGGUGAUACAUUUAUCUCGGAUCUGUGGACCUCACUUCCCGAGGACACCUGUGCACCCUCCAGAGGUUUCCCACGCUUCUUCCUCACACAGCUGUACGCAACUGGCUUCCUUGCCAACACCCAUGCAGGAACAACUACGCAUCGAAGUACAAGUUUUCCUAUUUGGACUUUGGAAGUGGUUUUGUGAUGUUUGAAUUUUCUGUUAGCCUGUUGCUCAAGCACUACAGAGUGUACGUAGACCCUUUGGCCACCUCUACCCCAGAAUAUCCUAAUAA